UUAAGGGCUGCUUGAGCAGACACCUGUUAUUCUCACAUUAACCGUCUACCCGAUAAGACACUCUGGAACUUGGAGCUCGCAGUAGCUUUGGAACUUUGGAACUUUGAUUCGUACAAAUAAACAAACAAACAAAAAAACAAAAUGUGUGACGAGGAUGUUGCCGCUCUGGUCGUAGACAAUGGCUCCGGUAUGUGCAAGGCCGGUUUCGCCGGAGACGAUGCCCCAAGAGCUGUCUUCCCAUCCAUCGUAGGAAGACCCCGUCACCAGGGUGUGAUGGUUGGUAUGGGACAGAAGGACAGCUACGUGGGAGAUGAAGCCCAGAGCAAGAGAGGUAUCCUGACCCUUAAGUACCCCAUCGAGCACGGUAUCGUUACUAACUGGGACGAUAUGGAGAAGAUCUGGCAUCACACCUUCUACAAUGAGUUGCGUGUGGCACCAGAGGAACACCCCGUGCUCCUGACUGAGGCCCCCCUUAACCCCAAAGCCAACAGAGAAAAGAUGACACAGAUCAUGUUCGAGACCUUCAACACACCCGCCAUGUAUGUUGCCAUCCAGGCUGUACUCUCCCUGUACGCCUCUGGUCGUACCACCGGAAUCGUCUUCGACUCUGGUGACGGUGUCUCUCACACUGUACCAAUCUACGAGGGAUACGCCCUCCCCCACGCCAUCCUCCGUCUGGACUUGGCCGGUCGUGACUUGACCGACUACCUGAUGAAGAUCCUCACAGAGCGUGGAUACUCCUUCACAACAACUGCCGAGCGUGAAAUCGUUCGUGACAUCAAGGAGAAACUCUGCUACGUUGCCCUUGACUUCGAGCAGGAGAUGCAGACCGCUGCUUCAAGCUCCUCCCUGGAGAAGAGCUACGAGCUCCCCGACGGUCAGGUCAUCACCAUCGGCAACGAGCGUUUCCGUUGCCCCGAGGCCCUCUUCCAGCCAUCCUUCUUGGGAAUGGAAUCUGCCGGUAUCCACGAGACCACAUACAACAGCAUCAUGAAGUGCGACGUGGACAUCCGUAAGGACCUGUACGCCAACACUGUCCUCUCCGGUGGUUCCACCAUGUUCCCCGGCAUCGCCGACAGGAUGCAGAAGGAAGUCACAGCCCUUGCCCCACCCACAAUGAAGAUCAAGAUCAUCGCUCCCCCAGAGAGGAAGUACUCCGUAUGGAUCGGUGGCUCCAUCCUUGCCUCCCUGUCCACCUUCCAACAGAUGUGGAUCAGCAAGCAGGAGUAUGAUGAGUCUGGCCCCAGCAUUGUUCACCGCAAGUGCUUCUAAACAAACUGCCCCCAAAAGGCAUAACCACAGACUUUGAACCACUGGUUCCUUUUAAGUCUCAAUCAUAACACCUUAUUUGAGACUCGUUCAUAACCUUUUACUAAACUUGCUAUGAUCAACAUCAACUCAAAACUGUGCCUGAUAUUUUGUUCACUGCACCAGACACCUCCCCGUUUUGUUGGCGUAUGCGUCUGUUCUAUAAAAAAAAUAUUAUAACACAUGGGCUUUAAAAAGAAGUAACUGCGGCCCGACACUUUAACUUAUACUAAACAAACAAACUCUUUUGAGUUAUAGUUACAUUUGGUACUAAUUGCAAAUAAAACUGAAAUGUCGCUGAAACAACAACUUGCAAAAAAAACACCUUCUAAACCGACAUUUCUGUUGCGGUUUGCAAAGAGUUGUUCUGAUGAAAAUUGGCUCUAGAAAAAAACAAAUUGGUUAAAUUAUAAACAAACUCUUGCAAUAUCUAUCUCUGCAGUUGGCCGUGUAUACGGUCACUGUGGGUUGGUUUUGUAUGAAAGAUAAACAGAACAACUCUGAGCUACGCAAAAAAAGUUAUUUCUCGUAACUUGAAAACUUGUAUAUUUAGAUAAAUUUUGUUACUGGUGAAGGCAAUCGUUUAAUUUGUGUACUAUUUUGACUGUUAGCAGGACACGAAUGUUGCUAUGGCCAAAAAAUAAAACAGUGUAAUUUCUUUGUAA